CUGUGUUGAAUACUGCUGAGACAUACUAACAGUAUCGUCAAACUAGCUGCUUAGGCAAGGUCACCUAGGAGUAAUACAGACUCAAAAAGCAUAAGCUCUACUGAUCCUGUUGGAGAUUUGCAUGUUCUAAGCUGUACACAAUUAUUUGAGGAAUUUUGAUACAAAUAUUAAAACUAAGUCAUGUAAACGUGCCUUCAAUUUGAAAAGAAGUGAAUGAAAAUUAUCACAAAAAUAUAGCUGUCAGCGUCUUAGAUAUUGUGUGUUGUGCGCAUGUUCUGUGAGAAUGUCAGCGUUAUUUAUUCACGGUUUUGUGAAUGCGAGAGCAUGUCUCUUAUAUUUUCGGUGAUAACAAAUAUCGUUUAUCGCUCAAAACAGGAAAUUUCAAUGUUAAAGAAACGUCAUUAAAAUUUAUGUAAAAACAAACAUUUGAAGCAAACAUAAUGGCCAUAAAUCCAAAUAUAAUAAUACUGCUGUUUAUCUAGGGUAACAACACUCAGUUAUCAAGUGUUCCUUACCCUUUUAGCUCCAAUUUUAUCACAUUGUUUUGAUAUAUAUUCUUAAAACUGUAUUAGAGAUUUAAAAAAAAUCUUGAGGUGUUUGUCACUUUAGCAAAAUGAGUGUUAAAAUUCUCGACAUGAAUAAUGCUCUUGAGGAAAUAAAUAAUAUAAAUACAUCUGAACCAUAUGACUCGAGAAAUGGUUUCACGAUUGGCUACAACUAUGAUUGCAAAGAAUCCAACUCAAAAUUGUUCAAUACAUCAGACAACCUCCCAGAAAUUGACAGUAAGAACGAAAAAAAUGAAGCAGUACACGAACAAGCAAAAUCAGUAGUUGUUAGUUAUACAUCUGGCACUAUGGCAAAGAGUAAAAUUCAGAAUCCAUAUGUCAACAAGACUUCAUCCCAUUUGCAAGAUUUGAGCAUUUGGAGCUCAGUUUGUGGUCAAAAACAAGUAUUGCUUUUAGUUUUUAGCUUAAUUAUUUUAUUGUUGGGUUCAGCACUUGGGUACAUAAUCUCAAAUUUUAUUUCAAACAAAUGCGAACCGGAACAUGCUAGCAUACAGUAUGCUAGAAACAAAAAUAUCUGUUUAUCUCAAGAAUGUGUUAGAACAGCAUCGUCUUUAUUAGCAGCUAUGGACCGUAGUGUAGACCCUUGCAUUGAUUUUUUUCAGUUUGCAUGUGGAACAUGGAACAAAAAACACGUGAUACCUGAGGAUAGAAGUUCAAUAAGCACUUUUGAGGUGUUGGCUGAUCAACAGCAAGUCAUUCUUAAAGGAGUUCUGGAAGAGGCUGUUAAUUCAAAUGAUAACAAAGCUACUAUCAAAGCAAAAAUGUUUUAUAAGAGUUGUAUGGAUUUACAACAAAUACGGAAAAUAGGUAUAAAACCUUUAAGACAAGUGUUGAAAUUACUCGGUGGUUGGCCUGUCAUCGAAAACAUGAAUCCACCAAACACAAGUGUAGAACAUUUGUUAGGUUUAUUAAGGGGAGUUUAUAGUGAACCAGUUUUAGUAGAGCUUUAUGUUGGCGCAGAUGAUAAAAAUUCUUCAAAAAAUAUUCUUCAGAUUGAUCAAUUAGUUUUAGCCCUUCCAUCGCGUGAUUAUUACUUAAAACAAAGUAGUGAAGGGGAUCUCAAAGCGUACCACCACUAUAUGACACAAAUAGCUAUACUUUUGGGAGGAGAUCCGAAAAAAGCUUCAAAGGACUUGACGGAGGUAGUUGAUUUCGAAGUUCGCCUGGCCAAUGCAUCACUACCUGAAGCAGACAGACAUGAUACUAGCGCGAUAUACAAGAAAAUUUCACUACUUCAAUUGCAACGUGAGGUACCCCAAAUAAACUGGCGUGAAUAUUUACAGACGACUUUAGGAAGUGUACAACUGGAAGAAAAUGAAGCUAUUGUCAGUUACGCAAUGCCAUACUUGGUUGAAAUGGGACGUAUUCUCAAUGAGACAGAUAAAAGAAUAGUUCAUAAUUAUGCAAUUUGGCGCUUUGUAAUGUCAAUAAUGACUCACAUGAUAGACGACUAUCAAAAAGAAAGAGUAGAGUUUAGAAAAAUUUUGCUGGGCAUUCAAUCAGAGAGACACAGGUGGUCUCAAUGUGUGGAAUGGACUAACAAAAAAAUAGGAAUGGCUGUAGGAGCUUUAUUUAUUCGAGACAAUUUCAAUCAAGAAAGCAAAGAAACCGCUCUGGAGAUGAUUCACACAAUACGAGCAGCAUUUAAUGAACUUUUAGCGGACAUUCAUUGGAUGGAUGAUGAAACACGGGCAGUCGCUAAGGAAAAAGCUGAUGCGAUGAAUGAGAGGAUAGGAUACCCGGAAAUACUGACCAAUGCAGGAGAGCUCGAAAAGGAGUACAUAAACUUAACAGUUUCCAAAGAUCAUUUUAUGAACAAUAUUUUAAAUAUUCUACGUUGGGAUGCUGAAAGAAAUCUACAGUUAUUGAGGAAACCCGUAGACAAAAAUAAAUGGGCGACAGAACCUGCAGUGGUGAAUGCAUUUUACAAUCCAAAUAAGAACGAUAUUGUUUUUCCAGCUGGAAUUCUUCAACCGUUAUUUUACAGUCAACAUUUUCCAAAAUCACUCAAUUAUGGAGGCAUAGGAGUCGUCAUAGGUCAUGAAAUCACACAUGGUUUCGACGACAAAGGACGACAGUUUGAUAAAGAUGGCAAUAUGAUGCAAUGGUGGAAUAAUGCCACGAUAAAAGCUUUUCGCGAAAGAGCGCAGUGUAUCAUAGAUCAAUACUCUCGGUACAAAAUUAAUGAAGUUAACAUGUAUAUGAAUGGAAGAAUGACGCAAGGAGAGAAUAUUGCUGAUAAUGGCGGAUUAAAACAAUCAUUCAGGGCUUACCGGAAAUGGGUAAAACUACACGGCCCCGAGCAGGAACUUCCCGGAAUGAACAUGACACACGAUCAACUGUUCUUUUUGAAUUAUGCUCAAAUUUGGUGCGGUUCAAUGAGACCCGAAGAUGCUUUGACGAAAAUUCGCUCAUCGGUACAUUCACCAGGGAUUAUUCGAGUUAUUGGUCCCCUAUCUAAUUCAAAAGAUUUUGCAGAAGCAUAUGAUUGUCCCUUGGGAUCCCCGAUGAAUCCAUUGAAUAAGUGUAGUGUAUGGUGAAGUAACACAGAAAUAUCAGUCGGAGUCAAAACAUUUUUUAAAUAUCAUGUGGAAUAGAUAACAAAAUGUAUAUUUUAUCACAAAGAAAAUCGAAAUUUAAUAUGCUUAACAAAAUAUAUUAUUAUGUUCAAAUCAGGUCACAACAUCAAAGAAAUACAAGAUCAAAAUGUAAAAAAUCAUCAAACAUGCAAAAGUUUAGAGGGGUGAAAAAACAUAAAAAAGCGCCGCAAAAAAGUAUUCAAAAUGCAUUUUAUAUCUAUUCAUUCACAAGAACUGCUUCAAUUGUAAAUGCUAGUUUUAAUCUAAUCAGGAAUGCGAAACUUUUAUAUGCUGACAGUUGUUUCGCUAGAUUUUUUUCAUGCUUAAUUAAAAAAAACAUUAUUAAAACAUUAUUUUAAAUUAAGAACCUGUAUAAAAAAGAAGCGAAUAAGAGUUAAUAUUGCCGCAAAAAGCAAAGAAUAUUC